AUGUCGGUCGAAUUUAAAGCCAUCCGUAAGAAGCGGAAUGCUUUAGAUGCCGCCUCCAUUCCAGAGGGGGAUCAUCGAAAGCGUCGCAGAAACCGUACCACGCAGUCUUGCAUAAACUGCCAUUCGUCCAAACGCAUGACAGGUCUGUGUGUCUACGAGGUUGAUGACCCAAGCCAACGAAGCGAUGCUCAAAACGAAAGUUCUCGGCUUCGCAAACGAGUCGCUGAGCUCGAAGGAGUCAUUCGUGAGCUGAAAAAUAAGCCCCAUCCUCGCUGGACGCAGAACGCUUCCACCGUGAGCGAAGAAGUUGACAAGUGGCACACACAGGCUCAGUCGCCCAUACAGACCGAAAGCUCUCAGACGGAAUCUCGCCAGGGCUCAGUUACGACUGAGCAAGCGAAGUCUGCGUCAAUGCGAGAAUCUUCAACCCGGGAGUGUCCCGUCCAGAAAGAUUGCUUUGCGCUUCCCCAUGCGGCUUGCCCGGAUACCUCUGCUCUUAUUUUUGGCCUUCCUUCACCACCCAGUACGACGUCAUCAGUCACCAUGACACCAACGGACGAGUGCUCCCAGUCACAAACCAUUAUCAACGAGGAGCAUCAACUGUCUCACGACUUAGAUUUGGCCUCUAUCUUUACCACAUAUGCUGGCUGGGCCAGCCACGAUGACGGUCUGGGAUUAAAUGGACAACAUCGCGAACACUGCAUCUCCAAACCAAACAAUACUAACCAGGCUAUGGUUGGCCAUUGUGGCUGUCUUAACGAAACUGCUAACUAUACUGCAGUACUGGAACUCUCUCUUUGGCUGAGGAAGGCGGCGGAUGCGCUCAGCCAUUCGAGCAACCAUCGAGUAGGCAUGGGGGGAUGCUCACUCAAUCAAAAAAUUGUUGACCUCGACUGUUUUGCUAUUACCACGCUCACAAGUACGACCACUGUUCCAAAUGGACAGGCACAGUCAUCCUCGCGCGACUGUGCCUCUCCUAAUGCACUUGUUCACAGCACUGUGCCAUCUUUUCCGAUAAAUGGUUGUCUUUCCAGGAUAUCGUUGUCAACAGUACCCCCUCAAUCAUUGCACGGCUUGCGGCCAUGGGAAGUCACAUCGCUUCCCGACCCAUCUUCUGCUGGUGAUGAUUUUUUCAUGUCCUGGGAACCUCCACGACACGGUUGAGUAUCUGCGAU